AUACCAGAAACUCAUAUUUUAGCGAUAUCGAUCUAAACUGGAAGUAUAAAUAAAACAGUAGGUAUGGAUACCAGUACCACAAUGCCGCAAAAUAUGAUUAUGAAUCGUAUUUAAAUUGAAUAACACCAUUGAUUCACAUAUGUAGCCGAUGAUUUUGAACAGGGUGAUAGAAACAGUACAAAAAUGAUAAUUGCAUUGAAGCCGUUCACAUUCUUUGCCGUUUGGAAAAUUAUCUUAUCGCUUGAGAACGAUGUUAAGGAAUAUUAUGUGGAGCCAAAAGGAGGAAAACAAGCGAUAACUAGUGGAACAAUAUCAACUUAUGCUAGGUCAAGGAUGACGUGUUUUUCUGCGUGCUUCGAAAGUUAUUCUUGUAAGUCAUCUGGUUUCAACAAAUACACAAAGGAAUGUGAACUAUACAAUGAACAUUCAAGUCCGAUUUUGGCAGGAGGAUGGAGUCUAAUGAUUGCAAAUAUAAAUGACUGUGCCAGUAACCCAUGUCUAAAUAGUGGCACGUGUACGGAUGGAGACAAUAGUUACACGUGUACUUGUAUCUCUGGCUAUGAAGGUUUAUAUUGUGAUGUUGAUACAGACGAGUGCUCUAGCAAUCCAUGUCUGAACGGUGGAACAUGCACGGAUGAGGUCAACGGCUACACAUGUACUUGUGUCCCUGGAUAUGAGGGGGUGGAGUGUGCCAUAAAUACAGACGAGUGCUCUAGCAAUCCAUGUCUGAACGGUGGAACAUGCACGGAUGAGGUCAACGGCUACACAUGUACUUGUGUCCCUGGAUAUGAGGGGGUGGAGUGUGUCAUAAAUACAAAUGAGUGUUCUAGUAAUCCAUGUUUAAAUGGUGGAACAUGUAUAGAUCAAGUCAACAGUUACACAUGUAAUUGCGGAAGUAGUUAUAUUGGUUCGCAGUGUCAAACUGAAUACGACGAUAAAUAGAAUAUCUGACAAAAAAGAAUUUUACUUUUGAAACGUCUAGACAUCGGCUCUUAAAGUGGAGGCAAUUAAUGGUUAUUGCUGUGGUGAGCCUGCCUCGAAUUUACAGUGUAGCUACCUUUUAAGACUUUAACACUGAAAUGAUAAGUUAAUGUAAAUAUAUAUUUCUAGUCAAACAUUUAUCACAGAUGUGGCAAAAUUUAUCACAACUUCAAUUUGCUACAUACGACGUGCAACUACCGAAUUGCCUGGGGACAAUUCUAGUGACACGCUUAAGCGUUUAUCUUCAUUUAUUCAAAAACUUUUCAUGUACCUU